AUGCGCGCAUAUGUCGACAAGCAGGGCAACCCUCCCAGCCAGAAGGACAUUGAGCUGAUCUUCAAUCACCUACGCCUGUACAUCUCAGGAGACCCCCGAUCAGCCCAACAGAACGCCAACAUCGACAGCCAGACUCGUGGACACAGUAGCGCUGCUGAGAUCAAGCAAGGUCGUCACUGCUACCUUGGGCGCCAGAUUCGUGCCGAGCGCAUAGAGACGUUUUGCGAGGCGGUAGAUCGAAACCUGCUCCAACACAACCCUGACAGCGGCAGUAGCCAGUCGGUCGUGAAAAAUCCGUUCAAGUAUUUUGGGGUCACCAGCCACCCUCAUCGCCGCCUGAACCAGCAUGCUUCGCAAAAGUCUACUAACCGUAUCAUGGCGCUAGUCACCAACGUCGGCAAAUAUUUGAAGUCUGAAGGAUCGAUAACACGCAGCUACGAAACCAAAAGCUACACAAUCUGCCAUGUGGCGGACGAAAUGGAGUAUCGGCUGAGCGAGGAACUCUUCUGCCGAAUGGGUGGAGGAUACUAUUACACUGGCCGGGGCUUCAACAUCGCAAAAGCUGGUUCGGCGAGCUCUGGUGACUUGGGUGAAACCAAUUUCCGCAAUGGCACCAAGCAAUGGGCAGCGUGUAUCGACUGGCGACUGAGACACACAUCUUAUCUUGGCGAGGAAGACGAAGUUCUUGUUGAGGCGUCGUUUGUGGUGUGA